AUGCCGCCUGCAUCCAGUUCCACGGCAAAGAAGGCGCCAUCAUUGAAGCAAUUGGUUACCAAACUGAAAGAAAUCCAAGCAACGUUCAACGAUAUUUGGAUAUUUGUUGAGACGUUCAAAGAAGAGACAUCCGCCAGCCAAGUGAACGUGCGCCUAGAGAAGCUUGAUGAUCUUUGGGAGAGAUUUGGAGAGACAUUGGUUGAUGUCAAAUCACAUGAAGGAGAUUCUUAUCAGAAAGAACGACAGGAGUUUAGUGAGCGUUAUUACUUUGCUAAAUCCUUCCUGAUGGAUAAGGCUAAAGAUAGACAGGAGCCAGGUUUUCUAGAUCAGUCCGUUCGUGGCCACGAUGCAUCUAUGUUGGGAACGCUAGAUCACGUGCGCCUUCCGCAAAUUAAAUUGCAAACGUUCAAUGGGAACAUCGAGGAAUGGUACAGCUUUCGAGAUCUUUUCAUUUCUCUUAUACACCUCAAUGCGGAUCUUCUGGAGGUGGAAAAAUUCCAUUACUUGAAGGGUUGUCUUCAAGGAGAAGCAAAAGCUCUGAUAGAUGCCUUGCAAAUCACGAAGGCUAACUAUCAAAUUGCUUGGGAUAUGUUAUUAAAGAGGUACAACAACAGCAAGCAAUUGAAGAAGCUUCAAGUAAAAUCGCUCUUCAAGUUGCCCACACUCACCAGAGAAUCUACUUCUGAUUUGCAAGGUUUGCUAGAAGGUUUCCAGAGAAUCGUACAAACAUUGGACCAGGUUGUACAGCCCGGCGAUUAUAAAGAACUGUUGCUAGUGAACAUUCUCACUUCUCGUCUCGAUUCAACCACUCGAAGAGGAUGGGAAGAAUAUUCGUCCACGAAAGAGCAAGACACCCUGCAGGACCUGACAGACUUUCUACAGCGACGUGUUCGUAUCCUGGAGUCUCUACCGUCGAAGCCAGUAGAUAAAUUUGCGCAUCAAAUUCCACCCGCUGCCAAGCAGAAGCCAUCCGUUCAGAGGACAUCCUAUAGCGCAGUACAAACCUUCAGUGGCUGUGUGACGUGUGAGGGCCAUCAUCCACUAUACCAAUGUAGUACUUUCCAACGGAUGUCAGUCGCAGAGAGAGAUACGUUACUUCGCAAGCGUUCUCUUUGCCGGAAUUGUUUCAGACAUGGCCACAAAGCAAAGGAAUGUCAAUCCAAAUAUUCAUGUCGACAUUGCAAAGCGCGUCAUCACUCCUUGGUAUGCUUCAAAACGCAAAGAGAAGUAAAUCCAAAACCAACAUCAACAGCCAUACCAUGCGCUUCCACUUCCGGCGGUAAGGAACCUUCCACCUCACAAAUGGCUAACGUGGCAGCCACGGAUUCAUCCAUUUCAAAUACUGCCCAAAGAUGUUCAUCACAGGUUCUACUAGCAACAGCAAUCGUUAUCGUUGAAGGUAAUGAAGGUGUACGAUUCCCAGCUCGAGCGCUUCUCGACUCCGGAUCAGAAAGUAACUUUAUUACUGAGAAAUUAAGUCAGCGGCUGAGGGUACACCGAGACAGGGUAGACAUUUCGGUGUUAGGAAUUGGAUCCCUAGCUUCAAAUGCGAAGCAAAGAAUGAGGGCGAAGGUCAGGUCGCGUUUAUCAAAUUUUUCACGCAGAAUGAGCUUUUUGGUGCUCCCCAAGGUCACUGUUAACAUUCCAACUGCAACAGUGUACACUACUGGAUGGAAAAUACCACAAGGAAUAGAAUUGGCCGAUCCUUCCUUCCUAAUAUCCCAACCUGUUGAUAUCAUACUCGGUAUCGAAUUCUUCUUCGACUUCUUCCAUGGGGGAAGAAAGAUAGCAUUGGGUGAUCACUUACCUGCCCUGAAUGAUUCAGUUUUCGGAUGGGUGGUGUGUGGCGGUGCAACAGCUAUUGGCCAGCCACUACACAUAAAUUGCAAUGCAUCGACUUCAGAUAAUUUAGAAUCGCUUAUGAAACAAUUUUGGUCCUGUGAGGAAGUUGGUUCGACGUCAAACUAUUCGCCAGAAGAGGCACGAUGCGAGGAAAUAUUCACUGAUACGGUUCAGCGUGACACCAACGGUCGUUAUACCGUAUGUUUACCCAAGCACGAAGGCAUUGUGGAUCAAUUGGGAGAUUCAAAGGAAAUAGCGCUUCGCCGUCUUCAGGCAACGGAACGGCGAUUGGCACGAGAUGUUGAAUUGGAAGAUCAAUACAUUUCUUUUCUAACGGAAUAUUGUCGCUUAGGUCAUAUGCAAAAAAUAACUGAUGACGGAGAAGUUAAACGUUGCUAUCUACAGCAUCAUCCGGUGGUCAAGGAGUCGAGUAGCACCACUAAAGUACGCGUGGUCUUCGAUGCUUCUUGCAAAACUUCUACGAAUAUUUCUCUCAAUGAUGCAUUGAUGACAGGACCAACCAUUCAAGAGGAACUCUGA